AUGGACAAGGUCCUCGUUUCGGGGUUGAAGGAGCUGCGGAAUAGGAUGAUCACAUUCAUAAAGGAACACGUCGCUCGCAAACGGUCGGGCCAUGUCGGACUGGCUGCCGACGCCUGUGACGACGACGCCGCGGAGCUCCCUUCGGCAUCCCAAGCAGUCGGUGUCGCCGACACCAGCGGAGAGGCCGGAGGCGGCGUCGACAAGGCAGAUGAAGAGGCAGGAAGGGCGGUGGCGCGGACCGCGGAUCAGGAAGAGGAAGAGGAGGAGGAGGAGGAUGGCACCGAUGAUCAGGAUGAUAACGAGGAGGAGCGUGAGGAGCGUGAGCAGGGGCAGGAGAAGGAAGAGGAGGAGGAGGAGGAGGAGGAGGAGGAGGAGGAGGAGGAGGAGGAGGAGGAGGAGGGGGAGGAGGGGGGGGGAGGAGGAGGAGGGGGAGGGGGAGGGGGAGGGGGAGGAGGCGGAGGAGGAGGAGAAGGGUGGGUGGGCGAGAUUAAGGUGGUCGGGAACGAGAGUCGAUACAUCGGCAAGUCACGCGACAAGAUGGAGCUGGCGUACCUUCACUCGAUUGUGUACCUCCUCUACGACGGUUACGUCAGCCCCAUCCUCGUGGCCGAGCUCACCGGCUUGGAGGAAACCGUGAUGAAGGAGUGGAGGUCGGUGUGGGAGGAGGUCAGGGUCUUGCCGACUGGGAUGUGGACGGUGAUAUGGGCACGGGGCGCGUUCCUCCCAAAGAUACGGUUCGAUGAGAUUCUCGGCGGGUAUCGUGCGUACAAGACAUCAGGCGAUGCGCACCACGACGCGCUCUUGCCAGCGAUCUGGUUCCCCGUCGAUGCCGAGACGAAGGAAGGGCAGGAGAAGUCGGAUGCAAUGAUGUCGGCCAUGAUAGCCCGCGUGUCCCUGUGCGCUGCAUAUGGGAAAGUCGCUGCUGCCGCGGCGAGGAAGGAGGGCGCCACGGAUGCGACGACGGCGAUGGUGGCACAGGCGCUAUCGGCCUCCGCUUGCGCCCUGUGGUGCUUAGUCGAGGGCGACGCCGCCCAGGUGGCCGAUGCUGUGCGCGAAGGGAAGGCGGCGGCGAUGGUGGUCGGUGCGAGCGAGAAGACCGCCGAUGAGUUCAAGAAGGUCAUGAAGGCGGUGCUGGAGGCCGCGAUCAGCAGGCAGCAACCCCUCGGGGAGGUUGCGCACAACGUCGCACCGUCGCUGCAGUCUACCGCUCUGGGGAGGGCCUAUCCGGGGAUGGAUGUUGAAGUCGAAGCCGAAGUGAUCGCACGAGCGAUGGUGGAGACCAUGGCGUUCUGGGGAAUGUGCCCCGUGGAUGGGCCGAAACUCAAGAAGAUCGGCAUCGCGGUGCCGCUUGACGCGCAGAUGGCCUACGAUAUCGAACACAGGGGGAGGAAGGGGCAGAGGGGCAAGCAGGGCAAGGACAGCUCGGGGAAGAAGGGGAAGAAGGGCAGAGCGGGCAAGGACAGCACGGCGGCGUAG